AUGACCACUUCAGCUCCCCAUGGAGCUGACCAGCUACUUCAUGAAAGAGCUCAAGCUUUGAACGGCCUUUUUCGUACGCGGAGUCGGGAUCUUCUAAACCUAGCUUUGACGAUUGAUUUGGGCGAGACACUUAGACGGUGCUUGCUUGAGGCUUUCAGCCAACCCCAAAUUCAUGACCAUAAUCAAUUCGCCUACCAUCUCCUUCUAAAUUUUCUUUUAUGCCUUGAAUUAGGAAGACAGCCCAGGAGUGUCGAUGAUAUACUUAACUUGUUGGGCUUGAUAGGGCAUGCUGAUAACAUGGACUUGACAGCGGACGAUGAUGUGGUUGAUUUGAUAGUGGACAAUGAUAUGAUUGAUUUGAUAAUGAAUAAUGAUAUGAUUGAUUUGAUAAUAGAUGAUGAUGUGAUUGAUUUGAUAGCGAACGUUAAUGUGACUGAUUUGAUAGCGAACGUUAAUGUGAUUGAUUUGACAGUGAACGAUGAUGCUCUGUACCAGGGAGAAGAUGAAGAUUCAGUGUAUUCGAAAUUCGGUCGCUUCGGGUUUUGUACCCAUCCACCUACAUACAGUUUCUAA